AUAAAGUGAAUGUUUUCGAUCAUCAAAAUGAUAGAGUGCAUAUGCAAAGGUGACAAAUUGGUUGUAAAAAAUGGAAGUGUGAACAGACUUUUCCAUGGAUGAUAUGGUCUGUGGUGAGUGUGCACUAACGGUUUCUUCCCUUAAAGUCUUAAACAUCUUCUAUUCUCCGAAAGUUUGGGCGGCAGAUUCUCAUCUUAUUCAAACAGAACACAAAAAAGCAAAACAAAUUCAGAAAGUCUACACCGACCGUUGAACUUUUACCGCUUCCUUCACCGCUCUCAAUCUCACCGUCCAGAAGUGUUUUUUGAAAAACCCAAUUCCCAAAAAUAAAAAUCGAAACCAAUAAUCAUAUAGGGUAAGGAAAGGAAAACAAAAGUGAAGAGAGAAUUAUAUUUUCAUGAACAUAUCACCAAAAUAUUGACUAGGGUAUUUUUCUCCCAUAUUUCUCGGUGGUUAAAGUCAUUGGGAAUUGGGUUCAAAUCGUUUGACUCAAAGAAAUCCCUCCCAAGAGUUUCUUAACCAACUUCCAAGAUUCAUUGAAUUAGCUGCUUCCCAAGGAUGUAAUAAUUUGUUUGAAGAUUUCUUUAAAUCAUCUGUGAAUGGAUGAAUGUCUUCUCCAACAUGGUGUUCGAUGCUGCUGUUGCUUCCGCCGCCACAACCACCGCACCACCACCCGAUCUUGACAAUUCCGUCAAGGCCGAUAAGAAAAAGAAGCCUCUGAUUCCAAACAUUUUCGGGUCAAAGCGAAAUGGCAGAGCAAGCUCAGAUUAUGAUGCAUUGCAAUCAGAUGGAUCUAUUCAUGAUUUGGAUAGGAAAAUUACAGCAAGGAAAGCUUUCCUGAAUGCGUCUCCUACAGUCAAAAAGAGUUUCUCAGAAAGACACAGUAGUGCGGGGCUCGAGGGGCUGAACCUGUCAAACUUUGAUUCGUCGAUGGCACCAGGGACCAUAAUUCAAGAUUUCCGGAUAUUUGCUGGAACGUGGAAUGUGGGCGGAAAAGCUCCCCACCAUGCACUCAACCUUGAGGAUUUCUUGCAGGUGGAAGGCUCUUCAGACUUGUAUGUUUUGGGGUUUCAGGAAAUCGUUCCUUUAAGCGCAGGAAACGUACUAGUGAUAGAAGACAACGAACCAGCAGCAAAAUGGAUAGCCCUCAUAAACCAAGCACUGAACAAGCCAAGCCACCACGACUCUUCAUCGGAUUCGGGCAGUAAUUCCAAACACUCCAACAGUUCUAAGGACUCGAAAUCUCGCUUCUUCCACAAGCCGUCUCUCAAACUACUUAGUCGAAAUCUCAGGGGCGAUAAUAGCCUUCUCAAGGCAUGUAAUUGCCAUUCAGGGCGGAGGCCAAGAAUGCUUAGCGAUCCAAGUAAUUCAUCUCUCCUCUGUGGUCGAGGCGAUCCGGGCAUCGAUGAGUUCCUUGCGAUAGCAGAAAUACCAGAUCCGCCUAGCACGAUAAGUUACCGGCUUGUAGCUAGCAAGCAAAUGGUUGGGAUUUUUCUGUCCAUUUGGGCUAGGAAAGAACUAGUGCAGCACAUUGGGCAUCUCAGAAUUUCUUCCAUGGGAAGAGGAAUUAUGGGCUAUCUUGGAAAUAAGGGAUGCAUAUCUAUAAGCUUGUCAUUGCACCAAACAAGCUUUUGCUUUGUCUGCAGUCACUUGGCUUCUGGGGAGAAGGAGGGAGAUGAGCUGAAGAGAAACGCCGAUGUGGCUGAGAUGCUAAAGAGCAUCCAAUUCCCCAAUGUCUGCAAAAACCCAAAUCAAAAAAUCCCAGAACGAAUCAUCGACCAUGAUCGAAUAAUUUGGCUGGGAGACUUGAAUUAUCGGGUGUCUUUGAGCUAUGAGGAAACGAGGCUGUUGUUGGAGGAUAAUGACUGGGACUCCCUUCUAGAGAGAGAUCAGUUGAAUUUGGAGAAGGAGGCAGGAAGAGUGUUUAGUGGGUGGAAUGAAGGAAGGAUCUUCUUUGCUCCCACUUACAAGUAUUCUCACAAUUCAGACUCCUAUGCUGGCGAGACCGUUAAAUCCAAGAAAAAAAGGCGAACACCGGCAUGGUGUGAUAGAAUACUAUGGCGCGGCGGUGGCAUUGAGCAAUUGUCGUAUAUCCGUGGGGAAUCGAGAUUCUCCGAUCACCGGCCAGUGUGUGCUGUAUUUGCAGUGGAGGUAGAAAUAAGGAGCAAAAGCAGCACAAGGUUUAGGAAGGGUUUUUCUUGUGCCCCUAGAGUGGAAUACGAAGACUGCAUACCACAAAGGCACAGCUUCUAUGAGUUCUAAUCUAAUCCUCAAAACCUUGUACAUAAAAGUAUUUCUUUAGGGUUGAGUUCCUUGGGGAAGAUGGUGCCUCUUGUAUCAUACUACCUUGACUACAUAAAUUUUGCACUCCUUUUUCCCCCCCUCCUCCCUCUGUCCAUUUAUAGAAGCAAAAGAAAUAUGUAGAAAAUGGUUUCGAGAAAUAUAAGCAAAUUAAC